AUGUCAGCCAUUCCCAAAGAAAUCAACAGUCAUCAAGCCUCAGGCCUUUCUCCAAACGCAUCGUUCCAGUCCGCCUCAUCCAGCCAUGGAAACUCGGUUUUUACAAACCGCACGAUCCCUCUGCCCAAUGCCAAGCAUUUGAAGCCAUUUGCUACUGAGGAUAUCAAAGUUCUUCUUUUGGAGAAUGUAAAUCAAACGGGGCGAGAUAUUCUUACAAAGCAGGGCUAUCAAGUAGAGUUUUUAAAGUCAUCACUUCCUGAGGAUCAGCUCAUAGAAAAGAUUCGAGAUGUGCACGUCAUCGGUAUACGUUCGAAGACGAAGCUCUCAGCUCGUAUUUUGAAAGAGGCUCGGAAUCUUAUAGUUGUCGGUUGUUUUUGUAUUGGAACAAACCAAGUAGACCUCCAAUAUGCUGCAGAACACGGCAUUGCUGUAUUCAACUCUCCAUUCAGCAACUCUCGAAGCGUUGCAGAGUUGGUUAUUGCUGAGAUUAUUGCGUUAGCUCGGCAACUCGGUGACCGGUCUAAUGAAUUGCACAAUGGCACUUGGAACAAAGUAAGCAACAAGUGCUGGGAGAUACGUGGGAAGACAUUGGGUAUAAUAGGUUACGGCCAUAUUGGUUCCCAACUAUCGGUUCUAGCAGAGGCCAUGGGCAUGUCUGUUCUUUACUAUGAUGUGGUGAAUCUGAUGGCAUUGGGCACUGCUCGCCAGGUUCCCACUUUAGAGAGUCUACUUUCCCAGUCAGACUUCGUCACAUGCCAUGUGCCGGAACUUCCGGAAACAAAAAACAUGAUAGGACAACGCCAAUUUGAACAAAUGCGGGACGGCAGUUAUUUGAUUAAUGCUAGUCGAGGAAGUGUCGUUGACAUCCCGGCAUUGAUCCACGCGAUGCGGUCCGGCAAGGUGGCUGGGGCCGCACUUGAUGUUUACCCGAACGAGCCUGCUGGAAAUGGUGACUAUUUCAAUAGCGACCUUAACAACUGGGCAGCGGAUCUUCGCAGCCUUAAGAAUGUGAUUCUUACUCCUCACAUUGGAGGUAGCACUGAAGAAGCACAGCGUGCAAUUGGUGUUGAGGUGGGAGACGCUUUAGUGAGAUAUGUCAACGAAGGCACAACCUUAGGUGCCGUCAACCUUCCUGAAGUCGCCCUUCGUUCCUUGACUAUGGAUGAACCGGAACAUGCUCGAGUGAUUUACAUCCAUCAAAAUAUCCCUGGCGUCUUAAGGAAAGUGAAUGAGAUUCUCGGAGACCAUAACGUUGACAAGCAAAUGACCGAUAGCAGAGGUGACGUGGCCUACCUAAUGGCUGAUAUCAGCGAUGUUGAUAACACUACUAUCAAAGAUCUAUACGAGAGGCUUGAAAGCCUUUCAUCUCGGAUCAUGACACGUAUAUUAUACUGA